AUGGAUGAGUUAAAAAGGUAUCUUGUCGAACUUCUGAAUUAUUUCUGCUUCAAGGACCUUAGGGCUAUCAAGGUUAAUAUCUAUAGAGCACUUUAUUGGGCUGUCACAAAUAAUGGCGAGUUCAUCAAGGAGAUAUUUCCUGCCAUCACUGAAGAUCAAAAAGCCGAUCUAAAAGACUUCAAGUGGGACCCGAAUUCUGCCCAUGACAGAAAAGAAAGACAAUUUUACACAAACUUUGAUGUUGGAGAGUACAGUCAUCCCAGGGACCAAAUAUGUGGCUACAGUUUCAAAGAAGGAGAUACAAUCUAUAGAUGUGAAGAAUGUGCUUAUGAUGAGACUUGUGUGUUGUGCGCUCAUUGCUUUAAUAAAGAUGACCAUUUUGACCACAAUGUCUCGUUCACAUAUGCUAGUUCUGGCAAUGAAGGGAUGUGUGAUUGUGGAGAUGAUUCUGCUUUUGUCAGACAGUUGAACUGCGGCUGCCAAGAGACCUUGAGUCUAAAUCCUGGUUUCCAAAAAGUUAUCCACGAGUUGCUAAGAACUGUAUUCAGCUAUUCACUUGAUGUAACCAAUUUUUCCAUUACUCCCUUACGAUUCAUUCAGCAGAAUCUUGGAGAUCCAGCAUCGUGUGCGUUUGACACAAAGAAGUUAUCUGAUUAUGGAUCUUUAUCGGUUGAAGAAUACGGUGCUAUAGACCUAAACAGUGAUGAGUCCUGGUAUCUUGUUUUAUGGAAUGACGAGAAUCAUAAUUUUGAAGAGGCGCAGACUGCAAUCAGGGCUGCCACAGGUGUUUCAAACACUGUUGCGGAACGGAUGGCAAGGCUCAUCAACUCCUCUGGUAGGGCGGUACUCAGAGAAGCGUCCCAUCCUUCUGAAUUGAAGAAUUCUCAAAGGCUGGCAGGAGCCGAUGGGCUAGUCUCGACUAUUUUGUCCAGACGAGACUAUGUCCGCGAAAUGAUUGUAGAUACAAUAUUUAACUGGGUGUCCGAGAUUAUUUCAUUUCCUGGUAACAGUGCAUUCCGUGAAGAAUGUAAGAGACAACUCAGUGCUGUAUUACUCGAGCCUGGUUUUCAGUUUACGAAAUCAUUGUCUUCAGUGCAAUUCCAUGGAAACGAAUUGCACCUAAGAGAAGAGUGUUCUAGAAGCGGUAUUAUAAUGGACGGAACACUCGAGGAUUUGAGUCCAGUUGUUCUUGAACAAGAUAAUUUCUCCCUCGAUAGUCGCUUGGACGACCUAUUGAAGCCAGACCUUUCAAAAAGAAGAUCUAAUUCUAGACUUCAGAAGCGGAUGAGAAAGAUAAUUCUCAGCUUGAUAGGGGGUGACAGAGAUUCGAAAGCGAUGUUUGCCAAGCAGUACAUCGAAUGCUAUCCUCAGUUAUUACUUAUAUCAGCAUUAUCCGAUCGAGAGGAAACAUUGUCGUGUAUGGAUCACAUCAGAGUCCAAUUAUUUACAUGCCCCAAAACCAAUCAAAUGAUUACAGAAAGUAACAGUCUACCGCUCAUCGUGAGUCCCCUCUGUUGGUUGAUCGAAAAUUUCGCGACUACGACUACAUCUCCAAGUGGAUUUCCCAAUAUCAAAGAGAUAAUUUAUGACUUAAGAAGCAAGCGAGAAAAAUCUGCAAUUGAAAGAGCUAUCACCUCGGGGAUCAAUGAUUUAACACACGUUCUUGGCAAGAACAUGAGCCCUAACAUAGCGCUGCACGUCAUGGAGCACGGCAAUUAUUAUCAUCUAUUAUUGUUGAUGAAGUACUUUCAGGGCUCAUCAUCAAUAACCAGAAAACUUGGCGACCAUGUCGGCCAAGAGUUACUAAAAGAUGUACUUGUCUUUCUCCAGAGGGCCGUUCCGAUAUACUACAUUUCGAAAAGUGCCAUGCAAGUUUCUAAUGAAUCCCAGAAGGGUAUAGCUGCAGCACUUAGUGAAACAUUGCGUCUUUGUGCAAUGCAUCAAGAGAGGCAUGAACCCACUGAUGCUUUUUCUGGAGGCUUCAAGGUAAGCACCCAUCAAGUCUCCUUGAUCAAUCCUAUCAAUGCUUUUCUAUCCCAUUUGAUCCAGUUCUGUCCACAUCCGCAAUUGAAUGGAAAUCUUCGCUCGUCAGCGAGCACGCUUUUGUAUAUGGUCGACUUUUCCCUAAGAAGCAUUGUUCUCGUUUCGCAGGUUAAAGUUGGGUUGUGGAUUAGGAAUGGAGCCGCUGUCUCCAGGCAAGCGUCAUAUUAUAGCGAAAGCACCAUGAGAGAGAUGGCUUAUAUUCGUCAAAUGCAUUACAUCCAGUCCGCUGGGAUAUAUCCCUUGGGCGAAAUAGCUUACGCGCGCGAUCUUCAUCUUCUUCAAACGGGGUUGAUAUUUGGGGAUCUGGUGAAGAUAUUUGACUUGCUAAUAGAUAGGUGGGAAAUCAAAGACUGGUAUCACGGUAAAAUCGACACGGCAUCCUGUGUCUACGAGGAGCGUUUUGCCUACAUCUGUGAGCAGAUUAUAAGAAUUCUUUAUCAAAUGUUCACAGACCGGACACUUUUCCACUCUUCCCUGAAAGAAGAACAGUCCCAGAAGCUUAUUAUGAAAAUUUCAUAUUGCCUUUGUGACGAACCCAAAUCAUUUUCAGACUUGAUUUCCGACUUUGAUGAAGAAUCAUUUGAUCUAAUCGACUUUGAAAGUAACGUGCUGAAGUGUGCUUCCCUUCAAAGUCCUUCUGGGCUCACAGAUUCGGGUGUCUAUAGGCUCAAGCCGAUAUUUUAUGAGUCUUUGGAUCCGUUAAGUUCUUAUGUCGAACUGAGCAGGUACGAUUCCGUCGCCGAGUCUCUUGUCAAAAAUUUGGCAAAAUCCAGGAAGGUCAAAGAAGACGAGGUUGUCCUCAGGCCUCAAAUACUUCAGGCACAAUCUUCUACAAUAGAUGAAAACUUGAUUAACUUUUUCACCACAAAACAAUUCGCAAAACUCGUUUACAAGCUCAUGCAAGAGUCUAUUAAUUCAACGGAAGAAAUCUAUAUUCUGCAGUUGUUGCAUCUAUUGCAUGCAAUAUUGUUAGAAAUUGAGGCAUCUGACCAGAGGGCGGUCCAUCUUGAGAAAUACAUUGACAUCCCUGUCUGUGAUCUACUUCUCACGAUUGCUGAAUCGUCAAUGUCCAACUCGGUUACUGUAAAAGCUGAUUUUUUGCUCACGAAGUUCAUUGAAAUGGAUGCUCGCGUCACAAGAAGUCUUCUUGAUUGUUUCGGCGAGAAUCAUAUUCAGCUUUACAAGAAGAGGAAAUUGGAGUCAGCCUCCCUUCAAUCAACUAGAAGAAAGGACAGUGCUGAAAAGAGAAAGUCGAAGGCUCUCAGAAAACUUGCUAAGCAGCAGCGGUCCUUCGAAGCUCAAAAUGACAUAAAAGAGUUGUCUUCUCAGCCUAAGGGUCUGAAUAUAAGGCAUUGCGUUGUAUGUGGAGAGCCAGAAUCCCCCAGCGAGCUCUUUGGAAUACUUCUUUGUUGCACAAAGAACUCUACGUUUUGGAAGGUUCCUGCUUUUGAUGAUGACUUUAGUCACUUGGCUUUUUCUCGUUACGAUGCUCAAUUACCACAAGGAGAAGGUCAAAUAUAUUCUAGGGGCUAUCCAUAUAAAAGGAUGAGAGAGAAAGGCUUGGAUCUGAAGAUUUCGGCAACCGUUGCAUCCUCUUGUGGACAUGGUAUCCAUUUUAAUUGUUUUUCUAAUCAGGAAGGUCGUAUGAAGUUUUUUCCUUGUCUGUUAUGCCACAACAUUCAUCAUAGCUUUUUGCCCAGUUUCAUGGCAUCAUCUAACCCUGACUACAAACUACUCUUGACUCAAAACCCUGAAGUUCAGACAGAUGGUGAAUCAGAAUCAAAUUCGGCUAAAAUCACUAAGCAACUUUUGAAUGAAGCGUACUGGCUGGACAACGGUCGGUUGUUAAGGAGGUUUGUUAAGCCGGUGCUUCGGAGCCUCGAUAAAGUAUGUGCUGACAACGAUUCUCUUAAUCGCCCUACUGACAAGUUACCUUUCUUGUCUCGCUUAAUUGCAAAUACUGUGCGUGCAAAUGAAAUUGCCACCCGAAUUGACGGAAAUGACGGCUAUUACAAUUUCCUUGAUCAGACCUCUGCGCAGUUGAGGGUUACGAUCGUCUCGUUAAUUCAAGUUCAUUCUUUCCUUUCAACAUUUAUUGACAAUGGCCCCGAACCACAUGUACAAGGGCAAUCAUGCCCGGAAGAGUCUGUAUUCACUGGAAUGAUCAUGAACUAUUUGAAAGGAAGAGGGCCUGCUUUGCAUUUUAUUCAACGAGGAUUCAGCAGACUUGUUAUAUUCCUGAUAUUUGAAUUGGUCAACGACGUGAGAAACAAGCAUUACUCAACAUUAAUCAAUCAAACAUACCAAAGCUGCUUUGAUUGUAAUCUGAUUGAGUCUCCUAUCAAAUUUUUGAGAAAAUUUCUUAGGGACAUGUGGAUUGAGGUUGAGAAAGAUGCUGAUGAUAUCAUCAAGGUGGUUUCUUUCCUUAUCGAGUCACUUGAAACUGUCGUCUUGACUUAUUUGAGGCAGUGUGCUAUCUUUUGGGAUCUUGUUACUGGGGUUCCCUCGGAGAAUGGCUACGUGAUGUCAGAUUCGAUCAAAGACUUGACAUCGGUGUUACGGUCUCAAAAGCAACUGCCUACCGAAGCACUUUCUUCAUUCUUUGAACUCCCUUCGGUAAUGAGCUUCUUGGAAGAUAUGGCUUCUACUAAUCCAACUUGGACCGAGGCAGCAGCGUUCUUCUACAGUUAUAGUCCCUACAAUUAUUAUGAAGACAAAGAAAGGAACAGGACGUUACUAGAGUUCCCAGGACGAGUAUCCUUGAUUGAUAUUCCCGAUGAUUACAAUUCCUGCGUCGUCGACCCCGUGUAUAAGACGAAAGACGCUCGUUACGAUUCGAUCUGUUUAUCAUGUGGGGCAUACCUCAACUCUCGAAAGGCUUUGACCCACCAUCGAGACUGCUGUUGGAUGCCUCUUUAUUUCUCGCCGAAUGGUAAUAUAUUGAAGAUGAUUAUCCAGGCAGAUUCUACACAUCUCAAUGCCGGUAUUCCCGCACCAUAUCUCACUGUUCAUGGCGAAGUGAAGCGUCGAGGAGUCCUUGGCAAGGCUUAUUUAAGUCAUUUCAGGUACAGCCAUAUAAACAAGCUUUGGUUAAACAGCGGAAUCCACAGUUUUAUCGCAAGGCUUUUCUUCGAUGGAAGUCUUCCCCAAGUCUUCAGAACAGAUGUUCCCAUUUUGGAUGACGGCCUUUUUGAAGUUGACGAAGAUGAUCUCAUGGAUGGUCUCACAUUUCCUGGAGAAUAA